CAAUUUUCCUGCGCUUUCUUUGCAUCCAAACAAAGACCGCAAAGUUUUCAGCUUUAUUGCAUUUCGGGGCUGACCCUUGUCGGCAAAUUCAAUUUCCCGAUCGAAUCGAGAGAGCCCAGAGGGAGAUUUAGCAGAAAAGAAAAAAAGUCCUAUUUGGCCGCCAUGGAUGUCGAGCCAGAGGAGCUCCAGUUCCUGACGAUUCCUCAGGUGCUCGUGGAAUCGAUCUCGAUCACGAAACGAUCGCCCAAAACUUUCUAUUUCAUAACCCUAACCCUAAUUUUCCCUCUCUCCUUCGCCAUCCUAGCUCACUCGCUGUUCACCCACCCGAUCAUCGUGAAGCUCGACUCGGUCGACUCGUCUCGGGCCCGGCACGACUGGACCAUCCUCUUGGUCAUCGAGUUCUGUUACCUAAUCUUCCUCUUCGUCUUCUCUCUCCUCUCUACCGCCGCCGUCGUUUUCACCGUUGCUUCGCUCUACACGGCCAAGCCCGUCUCCUUCUCCUCCACCAUCUCCGCCAUUCCCAGAGUCUUCAAGCGUCUCUUCAUCACCUUCCUAUGGAUUGCUCUCCUGAUGUUCGCUUACAACGCUCUGCUCGUCCUCUUCCUCGUCAUUCUCCUCGUCGCCGUUGAUAUGGGCAAGGCGGGUUUGGCUGUUUUCGCUGGUUUGGUGAUUUCCGUGCUCUAUUUCGGCGUUCAUGUCUAUAUCACUGCUCUAUGGCAUCUGGGUAGCGUUGUAUCCGUUCUCGAGCCGAUUUACGGCUAUGCCGCCAUGAAAAAGGGUUACGAGCUUCUGAAGGGAAGAACCCAGAUGGGGAUGAUUCUUGUGUUCGUGUAUCUAGCGCUCUGCGCAUUGACCGGAGGCUUUUUCGGAUCUGUCGUGGUUUACGGAGGUGAAAAGCAUGGAGCUUGGACAAGGAUUCUGGUCGGUGGUUUACUGGUCGGUGUUCUUGUGAUGGUGAAUCUUGUCGGAUUGCUGGUUCAGAGUGUGUUCUACUACGUCUGCAAGAGUUACCACCAUGAAUCGAUCGACAAAACGGCUCUGAACGAUCACCUCGGAGGAUAUCUGGGAGAGUACGUGCCUCUCAAGAGCACCAUUCAGAUGGAGAACUUGAAUGCUUGAUGUGAAUUCUGGUGUACUGCAUUCCAAAUCUCUUUCUUAUAUCAUUGAUGGAUAAGAAAUGUGUUGAAGCAAAUCUGUGGAUGAAUAUGGAGUUUGUAUAUUGAUUGAUGGAAUGUAUAUCGAACAAGAAGCAUUAUUGUUUUGAGUUCUUGCCAUUGAAGUGUAGCAGGGAAUACAGAACAGAGUCUGUCUAUGAA